GUGGGGGCAGAACAGAAGGGAGAGGACAGCGGGGCACGCGCUCUCCCAACACCUGCACCUGGUCACUUGAUUCGCAUUCAAACAGCCUCAAACUCCCUUUAAGGGACCAGCGGAGCCUCGUCUCGCCGUCGUCGCGGUGAUGGUCGCUGCCUUCCGGGCGUAAACUUUCGGGAAAGAAGUGUCCCGCGCGUGCGGGGCUCCUGCUGCGCGCGCGCGCGCGCUCCGUUUUUUUUUGAAUGGACGAGAAGGUCGUCGGUGUCUAGCGAGCGGUUAUUGUUCGCGUCGAGGGGAAUCUGCGGCCACACCGGACUGGUUUUAUGGCUGCGCAGCGCGGCUGAGGCAAUUUUUUCCAACGCGGGGAAUGCGGCGGUAACAUCCCGCAAGUUUCGCUUCCGAGAGACGCAGCGGAUCGAGAGAAAGUCCGAAACCGAAGAUUUAGAUCUCUGUGGGCUACCUGCAUGACUGUUACCAUGACAGCAUCUGGAGCCCAGCUUGUGCUGUUGGCCCUGUGCGUGUGCAGAGGCUCCGGCCUGCAGCAGACCGCUCCGAGGGUGCGACUCUCCUUCAAAGAGCUGAUGGACACUCGGGCCGCCCGCCCUUUCAGCUUCUCCUUCAACACCAGCGACUACCGGGUCCUUCUGAUGGAUCAGGACCAGGGCCGGUUGUACCUGGGCAGCCGGGAGUACCUGGUGGCCCUGGACAUGCACAACGUCAACAAGGAGCCGCUCAUAAUCCACUGGCCGGCGUCCGCUAAGAGAAAAGGAGAAUGUCAGAUGACGGGAAAAGGAAAGCAGGGUGAAUGCGCCAACUUUGUGCGUUUGAUUGAGCCGUGGAACCGCACCCACCUCUACACCUGCGGCACGGGGGCGUACCAGCCCACCUGCACGUUCAUCAACAGGGGCUGGAGGGCAGAGGUGAGGCGGGGGAGGCGCUCACGGCUCCCCGGGAGGGAUUUACCCCCCCCCCCCCCGCCCAGAAAGCUUAGUGCUGCUGAAUAUUUCAGGACUCCAAACUGGGCCACUGGUUUGUUUGUGAUGUUCCCGCGUUCCCUUGUGACGCCCCUGCUGUCUGACUUGCCUCUGCAGGACUACCUGUUUAGGCUGGUCCCUGGGUACGUGGACUCGGGGAAGGGAAAGUGUUCCUACGAUCCCAAACAGGAGAGCGUGGCAGUUCUGCUCAAUGGCAACCUGUACGCAGGCGUGCAUAUCGACUUCAUGAGCACAGACGCCGCUCUGUUUAGGACCAUGGGAGGGAGGACGGCCAUCCGUACGGAGCAGUACGACUCCAGGUGGCUCAACGAGCCCGUGUUUGUUCAGAUCCAGCAGAUCCCUGACAGCGCAGAACGGAACGACGACAAGCUCUACUUCUUCUUCCGGGAGAAGACUCUGGACUCCAGCAGCGGGACGAGCCCCAGCGUUCUGGCCCGGGUGGGACGGGUGUGUCUGAAUGAUGAAGGAGGACAGAAGUCCCUGGUGAAUCGCUGGACGACGUUCCUGAAGGCCCGUCUCAUCUGUUCAGUGAUCGGAGACGACGGCGUGGAGACGCGAUUCGACGAACUGCGGGACGUGUUUAUUCAACCCACGCAGGACGAAAGAAGCCCGAUGGUGUACGCGCUCUUCACCACAGCAGGCUCUGUGUUCAAGGGCUCGGCCGUCUGCGUCUACUCCAUGGCUGACAUCCGCAACGUCUUCAACGGACCCUUUGCCCACAAACAUGGACAUAAUUAUCAGUGGACAGAGUACACGGGCAGGAUUCCCUACCCACGGCCUGGAACGUGUCCAGGAGGAACCUUCACGCCCGGCAUCCGUUCCUCCAGGAACUUUUCAGACGAGGCCGUGAAUUUCAUCAGGGCCCACCCCCUCAUGUUCCACCCGGUGUAUCCGAUCCACCGCCGCCCCCUGGUGGUGAGGACGGGCGUGGACUAUCGCUACACCGCCCUGGUGGUGGAUCAGGUGGAUGCCGUGGACGGGCGCUACGAGGUGCUGUUCCUGGGGACAGAUCAGGGGACUGUGCAAAAGAUCAUCGUGUUGCCUAAAGACCCGACCAGCAUGGAGGAACUCACCCUGGAGGAAGUGGAGGUUUUCCGUAGCAGGGCUCCAGUCAAAACAAUGAAGAUAUCGUCCAAAAGACAACAGCUGUACGUGUCGUCGGACGCGGGUCUGACCCAGGUGUCGCUGCACCGCUGCGGCGCUUACGGCCGGGCCUGCUCCGACUGCUGCCUGGCCCGCGACCCCUACUGCGCCUGGGACGGGGAGAGCUGCUCCGCCUUCACCCCGUCCACCAAAAGGCGGAGCAGAAGGCAGGACGUCAAACACGGCGACCCGCUGAGGCAGUGCCGGGGCUUCAACGCCAAAGUGGAGAAGCGUCUGCGAGAGAUGGUGCAGUUCGGGGUGGAGGGCAGCAGCACCUUCCUGGAGUGUCAGCCCCGGUCCCCACAGGCCACGGUCAAGUGGCUCUUCCAGAGGGAGGGGAGGAGGAAAGUGCUGAACCGCGCGGGCGGCGCCCUGAGGACGGCGCACGGCGUCCUCCUGACGUCCCUCAACCAGUCGGACGCCGGCCUCUACCAGUGCGUCGCCACGGAGAACAACUUCAAGCACACGGUGGCGCGCGUGGCGCUGCGCGUCCUGGACCGCGACAUCGUGCUGGCGCUCACGGCGCGGGACGAGGACGAGGACGAGGAGCCCGGGGCCCGGCGCGCGGCGCCGCUCCCCCGGGCGCCCCUCCCCCCCACGCCCUUCCCCCCCGAGAUCAGACUGAUCAACCAGUACUGCCAGUCCUACUGGGAGCAGCUCAGCCCCAAGCAGCAGCAGCAGCAGCAGCAGCAGCAGCAGCGCAAGCGCACCAGCCGCAGGCACACAGAGAGCCAGGACCAGGGCCUCGGCUAGAGCACGGAGCCGGUCCGGACGGAGCCGCGGACUUUUAUGUUGGGGCGUCGCCUCCAUCCAUAGGCAGAGAUACUGGCAGGCUCGUGGCAUAAUGCUAUAUUGGUGGUUUUGCACGUUAAGGCUCAAAUACAUGAUUCGAUUGGUCACAUCACUCGUGAAACGUUCGACUCAGACCGGACCGUUCACCCUCACACGCGUCACACCAAGUAAAUACAUGCUCAACCGGCUCCAACAUGCAGAACCACACGUAUGUGUGUCUCGAAACGCAAAUGUAAUAUAUUGAUUGUGAAUAUAAUAUAUAUGGUCGUUGAUGGUGCAUAUCGGUGCAUGCGUGUCCGUGUCAGCAAGCUGUACAUUUACCGUGGAGACACCCCCCCCCCCCCCCCCCCCCCCGCUCCGUGUGUGACGCCGCUCCUAUGGUGUAACGUGACCCGUUUAAGCUAAUCCCGUUGGAUGUUGUCGUGCAGUGGCUUCCCUCUAUGUGUAGCUACAGUGUUCCAGUUCCAGUUAUGCACUUUGUCGGUGGUGGUCGUAGAGAGAAUUUGGGAUGUUUGCACAGAUGUGUGAGAAAAUGAUACACAAUUGAUUCUUUUUUUUUUUUUAAUGUAAAGUAUGUUGUUAUGAAAAACAGGAAUGAAACUGGCUAAAGUUUAGUUUUGGUUGUUGGUGUUCAGUCAUGCUGUAUUUACAUGUUUUAAAAAAAAAAAAAAAAAAAAAAAGCACAAGGAGCAGGACGUGUCCUGAGCCACCGUUCACCUUCAUUGUGAGUAGCUGUGUUAUGUGCUUUCAUCCUAAACAAUCCUACACUGGAGAUGUUUGAACAAAUAUAUCAAAGUGUCAGAAUUCUCUUUAA